AUGGAUGACCUGGACUGCAUCUCUGAGCAGAAAUUAAAGGAUGCUAUAUCGUUGCUACGAGAUGAGACAUAUCAGUGGUGGCUCACUGUUAAGGAGGGCACUCAGCCUGAUCAACUGACCUGGGAGUUCGUUAAGACGGCGUUCCAGGGAAAGUAUGUGGGUGUCAGUUAUGUGGAUGCCCGUAGGAGAGAAUUUCUAAAUUUGACUCAGAGGGAUAGAUCAGUAGCCGAGUAUGAGGCUGAAUUUCUGCGACUAAGCCGCUAUGCACGUAGUAUGGUGGUGACUGAGUAUGAGAGAUGCAUUCGCUUCGAGGAUAGCCUCAGGGAUAAUCUGAGGGCGAAGAUCGCUGAAGAAGUGAAGCGUGCUGAGCGUCAGAAUAGAAAAAGAAGUAGGAAUAAGAGGGAUUUGAAGCCCUCGAGUUCCGUUCAGAGGCCUAAGAAAAAGGCCAAAGUUGAUAGGCCGAUCAGAGUUGGGGCUCCUAUUGCUGCUACUGAACAAACCCUGUGUACUGAUUGUGGUAGACGCCAUCAAGGCGAGUGCUGGAAAAGAACUAGGGCUUGUUUGAGGGGUACUGCACCACCAUCGAGGGUAGUUCAGCAGCCACCGAAAGGCUAUGGUCAGGCCAGAGGUGGGAAUGGUCUAGGCCAUGGUCAGAGAGCAUCGGGCAGAGAUAUAGGAUCCACUCACUCCUAUAUAGCUUAUACCGUAUCUGAAAACUUGGGUUUAUUGGUCCAGAGCACUACGAGUGAGGUCACUGUACUUAGUCCGCUAGGACAAUCGGUAAGGGUUAACAAACUGUUUAGAGAUAUUCCUCUAGAGGUUCAAGAAGCUAUCUUUUUGGCCGAUAUGAUAGAACUGCGUUUUAAAAAAUUUGAUCUGAUACUGGGAAUGGACUGGUUAGUCAAACACCAAGUGAGCUUAGAUUGUGCCACAAAAAGGGUUGUACUGAGAACUGAGGAGGACAACGAGGUAGUCGUAAUUGGACAGCGAGGGUUGUACUGA